GCCCAUUAAAACAGCCUCUGGGCUGGUAGCACAAGAACCACAGUGUGGGUGGCUCAGCCUGGUCAGAGGGUCACAGAGUGGUAGGGGCUGGAAGGGACCUCCAAAGAUCAUCCAGUCCAACCCCCCUGCCAGGGCAGGAUCAGCCAGGGCAGGCCACACAGCAACACAUGCAGGUGGGGGUCUGAAUCUCUCCAGGGAAGGAGACUCCACAACCUCUCUGGGCAGCCUGCUGCAGGGCUCUGCACCCUCACAGUGACAAAGUUUCUCCUUCUGUUCCCAUGGAACCUCCUCUGCUCCAGUUUGCACCCCGUUGUCCAGGACAUCCCUGAGCAGAGCCUGGCUCCAUCCUCCUGACACUGCCCUGCACAUCUUUGUGACCAGGAAUGAGGGCAGCCCUCAGGCUCCUCUGCUGCAAGUGGCAGGUUGCAGGACAGAAGAUGAAGCAAUCCGUGGCUUAAGCAGCCCUGCAGUGGCAGCAGUGUGAGCUGAGGUGGUUGGUACCACCAGAAUUCAUCUGCCCUUUGUCCAGGAGAGGAAAAUGAGCAAGAAAGCAGCUCAGUGGCUCUGGUGCCAGUUUUGCCAGAGACCUCCGUUUGCAGCAGGACAAGGAGAGGGCAAAGCACUUCUGCUUCCUCUCUGCCUUCCCAUGGGGCGUCUGACUGCAACCCCCCCAGGAAGGGGGCAGAACUUUGGAGGAGCCCUGGGUCUCCACCGUGGAGAAGGAGAGCUGAAGCUGCUGUGGUGCUAGUGUGGCACCUGUUUGUGCUUUGCUGAGGAGCAGUGUGGGAGAGCUCUGCAGUGUGACCUGCAGGGCUGCUUGCUCUGGUGGCAAACUCAGCACAGGAGAGCAGAGCAGUGACCUUGUAAGCUGGGAGGACUCUCUGGAGAGCCUGCUGCACUCAGCUGCAUCUUCUGAGCUCUGCAAUGCAGAGCUCUCAGGAGGCUUCACCAGGCCCAGCAUCGCUCAGCUUUGGCUCUUAACCCACCUGAGAUGAAAUAAAGCUCCAGGCCCUCCUGGGGGUCAGAGAUGGCUUCAGGACUUGUACCCCGUGUUGGGCAGCUCAGCACCCCAGCAGACGUCAUGGCAGACCUGUCCUGGGCUGAAGGAGUCUCCAAUGGGACACUGCCCAAUGGCAGUUCAGAGCCCCCUCUGGAAGCAGACUUCCAGUACCUCCUGUUUCCUGCCAUCUACAGCAUCACCUUUGUGCUGGGGCUGCUGGAGAACCUCUCAGCUCUCUACCUGCUCUCCUGCAGGGCGAAGCACAGGUCUCACUCCUACCUCUACAUGACCAACCUUGCUCUGGUGGACACCUUGUUUGUCUGUGUGCUGCCCUUCAAAAUCCAUUACCACCUGAACUGCAAUGACUGGAUCUUUGGGGACGUGGCCUGCAGGGUGACAGGGACUCUGUACUACAUCAACAUCUACCUCAGCAUUGCCUUCUUCACCUGCAUCUGCGUGGAUCGGUACCUGGCCGUGCUGCACCCUUUCACCUACAUCCAGAUCAGAGCCAGGCAUUACCUGCUGGUGGUCACAGGCCUCUGGGGGGUGGCUCUGAGUGUCGCAGUGCCACUCAUCCUGGAAGGUCCCCUCCACAACAGGGGGGUGAGGAACACCACAGCCUGCUUUGAGAACUUCAGCCGGAGCAGCUGGAGCGGCCGCAUGGCUCCCUACAACGUCCUGGCCUUGCUCUUUGGCUUCGUGGUGCCCUUUGCCAUCAUCCUCAUCAGCUACCCUCUCAUUGCCAGGAAGAUCUCCCAGAUCAAGCACAGCACCCGCAAGAGGAAGGCCCUGAGGACCAUCUACAUCAUCCUGGGCAUUUGUACCCUGUGCUUUCUGCCCUAUCAUCUCUCUCACCUGCUCCACUUCUUAAUGAGAGUCCAGCUCAUCCAGAACCAGGCCUUCACCAGCCUGAUCUACAAGAUGAGGAGGAUCACCUUAGCCCUGGUGAGCUUCAACUGCUGCCUCAACCCCCUCCUCUACUACUACAGCUCCUCCAGCAGGCAGUGGCUCUUCAACUUCAAGCUUCGCUUCAGGUCGAAAAAGGUCUACACCAUCUGUGACCAGAACCUGGCGGGGGAGUCCUGGGGGUAUAAACUGCAGCAGAUGCAUGGCAACAACCCCCCCCAGGCUGCACUCUUCUGAUCUGCUCCAAAACCACACAGCCCCUGAGAACAGCCACAUCUUCCACCCUGGGAACCAGGAGGCCUUGGAGGGAGUUUAUCAUCAGCUGGGGGUUAUCAGAGGCACCAGAGAAGCACUGGCCUGGCUGACAAACCUGCUGCACAGCUGAGGGUUUGCUCCAGAGGAUGUGAUUGCUGCUCACAGAUACAGCCAGGCCCUUCUCUUCCUUCCCACCCCACCCCCAGCUGCUGCUGGCCUCUUGGCACAGGAGGCUCUGAGAUAAGCCCUGUGCCAGCUCCCUUCUGGUCUUCCUUCCCAGGGCAUGAGGCCUGCCCACGGUGGUGCUGUGCUGAACCCCUGGGGGAGCCUGCUAGGGCAGGGGGAGUUGGACUCAGUGGUCUCUGGAGGUCCCUUCCAACCCCUAACAUGCUGUGAUUCAUGGAUGAACAGAAGGAGUUGGGUUGGAAGGGACCUCAAAGAUCAUCCAGCAGGCAACCCAAGCUGCUCAAGGCCUCAUCCAGCCUGGCCUUGAACACCUCCAGAGAGAGGACAUUCACAGCCUCCCUGGGCACCACCCUCUGCCUAAUCUCCAGUCUCACUCUGCCCUCCUCAAGCUUCAGUCCAUUCCCUCUCAUCCUACCACUCCAAGCCCCUGUAGGCUCCUGUGUCUCCCCAGGCAAUAUCCACUGCCAAUUGCUCAGAGUUCAGGCUGAAAGUGCCUCCUGGGACCUGGCCUUGCAGCAGGUACUUGGACCUCAGCUUGUGCUGAGCUCUUGGAACUGCCUUGAACUUUGAAGCAGUGAGUAGGAUUGCUGCGGCAGGGGGGUGUGGGGAGCCAACUGUCUGCAGGAAUUGCUCUCCCAACAAUGCCCACUGCAGCUGCUGCCACUCUGGUGGAGGACAGGAGGGAAGAGGCCAAGCAGCUG